AUGGGAUUAUUACAGCUAUUUCUGGUUCUCGGCAUAUUUUGCGCCUCCCCAGUUGCAGGUUUCGGGGUUGACCCUGCCCUGCGCAUCAGCGUGUUUGAUGAACUAACGCUUGGAGAAGGCUUUGAUGGAGUUACUCAGGUCCAGGGCUUCCACAGCGAGUCUAGAGCUUUCCACUUCCAAGGAUCCUCCAGGGAAGUGAUGGCUCCUGUUGAGGUCUCAGAGCAAAUGGUCCAAAAGCUGAGAGGCAAAAAUGAGUUUACUGUGCUGGUGACCCUCAAGCAAGAUCACCUCAACUCUGGGGUCAUCCUGUCCAUUCAUCAUUCAGAGCACAGGUUCCUGGAGCUGGAGAGCAGUGGCCAGCGCAGUGAGGUGCGUCUUCACUAUCGAACCAAAGGCCAACAGGCCCACACUGAGGUGUUCCCUUACAGCCUGGCUGAUGACCAGUGGCACAAGGUGUCUGUGGCCGUCAGUGCCUCUCACGUCAUUCUACACGUCGACUGCAACAGGAUCUAUGAGCGGGUGGUGGAAGCCCCCUUCAUGGACAUACCGGAGGAUGCUUCGUUCUGGCUCGGACAGAGAAACGCCGCUCAUGGCUUCUUCAAGGGAGUGAUGCAGGACGUGGAGAUACUGGUGAUGCCACAGGGUUACAUCUCACAGUGUCCAGAUCUGAACAGAACAUGCCCAACCUGCAACGAUUUCCACGGACUUGUGCAGAAAAUCAUGGAACUGCAGGAUAUCCUUGCUAAAACAUCCAGCAAGCUGUCCAGGGCGGAGGAGAAGAUGAAUGGGCUGGAUGGCUGCUAUUGUGAGAGAACCUGCAGCGUCAAGGGGGUCGUCUACAGGGAGGACGAGGGCUGGACAGAUGGCUGCAGGAACUGCACAUGCUCGAAUGGCACCGUGCAAUGUGAGGCCAUCUCCUGCCCUCCCCCUCAGUGCCCGGCAGGCACAGCGCCUGCCUACGUAAAGGGUGCUUGCUGCAAGGAGUGCCAGCCUGUCUGCCUGUUUGGUGGAAGAGAGCUGGUGGAGGGCGAUCAGAAGGCUGUGCGCGACUCCUCUGGCAGGUGCCUGCUGUUUGAAUGCAGGGACAGGAGCAUGCAUCGAGUAGUCCCCAGCGAGCCUUGUCCCGAGCUCAACUGUGCCGAGUCGGAGCAGAUCGCCUUGAGUGACAGAUGCUGCAAGGUCUGCAGAGGUCAUGACUUCUGCUCAGAGGGCCACGGCUGCGUGGAGCACUCCGACUGCGUGAACCUGGAGGCAGGAGACUGCUGUGUUUGUAAGGAUGGCUUCCGCCCACUGCGAGACGAUAAUGCCUACUGUGAAGAUAUUGAUGAGUGCGCUGAAGGGAAGCACUACUGCAGGGAGAACACCAUGUGCGUUAACACCCCUGGCUCCUUCAUGUGCAUCUGCCACACGGGCUACAUCAGGAUCGAUGACUACUCCUGCACAGAGCAUGACGAGUGCCUCAGCGGGCUCCACAACUGUGAUGAGAACGCCCUUUGCUUUAACAUGGUCGGAGGCCACAGCUGCUCCUGUAAGCCGGGCUACACCGGCAACGGGACAGUCUGCAAAGCUAUGUGUGACGGAUUGUGCCAGAAUGGAGGAACCUGCGUCUCACCUAACAACUGCGUUUGCCAGCAAGGAUUUACUGGGAAGAGAUGCGAGACAGAUAUUGAUGAGUGUGCAGACGGCUUUGUCGAGUGUGAUAGUAAAUCCACUUGUGUCAACUUGCCCGGCUGGUACCACUGUGAGUGCCGCGAUGGCUACCAUGACAACGGCUUGUUUUCCACCAAUGGGGAAUCAUGUGUAGAUAUUAAUGAAUGCAAGACGGGGAGGAACACCUGUGCCAACGACACAGUGUGCUUCAACCUGGAGGGAGGCUAUGACUGCCGGUGCCCCCACGGGCACAACUGCACCGGCGACUGUAUCCAUGACAACAAGGUCAAGCACAGUGGGCAGAUCUGGGUGCUGGACAGCGAUAGGUGCUCGGUGUGCUCCUGUCAGGCCGGCCAGGUGAUGUGCCGCAGGAUGGUUUGCGACUGCGACAACCCCAACGCCGACCUGUUCUGCUGCCCCGAGUGCGACCCCCGGCUGAGCAGCCAGUGCCUGCACCAGAACGGCCUGCUCACCUACGGCAGCGGGGACACGUGGGUGGAGAACUGCCAGCAGUGCCAGUGCCUGCAGGGGCAGGUGGACUGCUGGCCUCUGCCGUGCCCGCCCGUGGACUGCGAAUUUACCGUGGUGCCUGAGGGCGAGUGCUGUCCCCGCUGUGUCACCGACCCCUGCCAGGCCGACACCAUCCGCAACGACAUCACCAAGACGUGCACGGACGAGCACAACAUCUCACGCUUCAGUGGCUCCUCCUGGAUUAAACAUGGCACCGAGUGCACCCUGUGCCAGUGCAAGAACGGACACAUCUGUUGCUCAGUGGACCCCAUGUGCCUUUAGUCCCGGCAGACCUGAAGGCACCUGUACAGUGUUCUCC